AAGUAUGAUUCCAUUUGUGGUGAAGAAACUCUGACACAAAGCACGCACCUAAUUCCCAUUUUCACAUCAGCUUUUUUUUUUUCAUGACUGGAGAUUUGUAGAUUCAGACACUGGGAAAUAGGAUAAAAACCAAAACCUCUGAGACUGAGUGUCUUUGACGCGUCUCUUGCGCGAUUAAGGAACAGGAGCUUUCGAGAAGAGUUUGUGCAGCGUAACAAUGGCGGAUGCGAAGGAGAAAACGUUGUACAUAACAAUCUCUGUGGUUGCUUUCGUGGUUGGGAAAAUCGCCAUUGCGAUUCUCAUCUACAAGAGAUGGAAGAGAAAGCAUACCGUUCAUGCAGAUGGGUUUUCAGGUACGUUUUCUUCACAAAGGGUUUCCCAAACAUUAGAUCUUCGGAUUCUGCUUUAUACAAUGACGUAUUUCCGAGUUUUCGGUGAGUUUGCAGUUAGAGGAGGAGGGAAAAUGGUGAUGUUUAGAUCUCCGUUGGUUCAGUCUUUUCCAUCCGACAUGUUUUUGAAGAAGACGUUGAAGCUGACAAACAAAGACAUCCUUGGCUCCGGAGGAUUUGGAACUGUAUACAGAUUGGCCAUCGAUCAUUCGACAGUGUUUGCUGUGAAGAGGCUGAACCGAGGAACUUCUGAAAGAGACAGAGGGUUCGAGAGAGAGUUGGAGGCAAUGGCCGAUAUAAAACACAGAAACAUCGUCAAUCUCCACGGAUACUACACUUGCCCACAUUACAAUCUCCUCAUCUAUGAACUCAUGCCUAAUGGAAGCUUGGAUUCUUUUCUGCACGGAAGAUCGAGAGAGGAAAACGUUCUGAAUUGGGCGUCGAGGUACAAAAUAGCGGUGGGAGCAGCGAGAGGGAUAUCAUACCUUCACCAUGAUUGUAUUCCGCACAUCAUUCACAGAGACAUAAAGUCGAGCAACAUACUUCUCGAUCAGAACAUGGAAGCUAGGGUUUCUGAUUUCGGUUUAGCCACAUUGAUACAGCCCGACAAGACACACGUCUCGACGUUUGUUGCCGGAACCUUCGGAUACUUAGCUCCCGAGUAUUUUGAUACGGGGAAAGCGACUAUGAAAGGCGACGUUUACAGCUUCGGGGUCGUUCUUCUUGAGCUGGUGACCGGUAGAAAACCGACAGAUGAUCAGUUCUUUGAGGAGGGAACCAAGCUUGUCACUUGGGUGAAAGGAGUGGUUAGAGAUGGAAGAGAAGAGUUGGUGAUAGAUAACCGGUUAAGAGGAUCUCCGGUUCAAGAGAUGCAAAAUGUGUUCGGUAUAGCGAUGAUGUGUCUUGAACCGGACCCGUCCAUGAGACCCACCAUGGUCGAGGUUGUCAAGCUGCUCGAACAGAUCAAAUUUUAAAAAUAAAAUAAAUAAAACUUUUCUUCAUCUGAAUCUGUUUGGUUACAUGUAACUGAACUCUUGAGUACUUUGGAAAGUAGCGUCUAAUAGUAGAAAAAUGUGUAGAGGAUCUCAUUAUUUAA